GACGUGCAUCAUUACCAAAAAGCUGAGACGAAUCAAGAGGCUUCAAACCCCCUCGACUUCACAGUGUACAUACAUAUCUUAUGAACGCAAGUCUGCUGUCUUUGUCGCGUGCAUGCGUUUAUUCACUGUCACCGAGAUUUAGUUCAUUCUACCGUCUACAUGUUUAUUGUUUGCAUGUUAUUUGUUCUAGAAUUUACCUGAGUAACUUGCCUAAGAGCUAAUGCCUUACGCGGGUCUUUGCCGCAGCCGCAGCCGCAGCCUCAGCAAUUGCCACCAUUAGAUUGGAUGACUACCUUAUAUUCCGCAAACCAACUCACGCGCCUCUUGUUUACAGGAGAUGUCUUUCUCGACUUUCUCGAGUCAAUAAAUACCUCUUUGUUUCUUCCUAUUCCGCCAGAGUACAAAUCACAACCACGUUUCUUCACUAUUAUGUCCUACUAAGCAACCAUCUACUUUACUAACCGUAACAAUGGAUUAUGGAAAGCUCCGAGCCGCUGCCUUACGGGAUGGCGAAGAUGAGGAAGCCGUAACCGUCGAUACUCGAGCUUUAAUCGACAAGGUUCUAGCGAGAUACUCGGGCGAGUGGACUACAUUGCGGGAGCUUAUUCAGAAUGCUGCCGACGCCCAAGCCACUACCGUGAAGAUAAAGUGGGAAACUCUACCCUCGACUCAAGUUCCUCUACCACCUACUACAGAUCGAUCCGAGAUCCUAAAGCACGUAAUCGCAAACCAUACCCUCAAGCGACUCGUCGUUCAGAACAAUGGCCAACCAUUUACAAAGACUGACUGGGGAAGGCUGAAGAGGAUCGCCGAGGGCAAUCCUGACGAGACUAAGAUUGGCGCUUUUGGUGUAGGAUUCUAUAGUGUCUUCGCGGAUUGUGAGGAACCCUUUGUUAGCUCAGGUAACGAGGCUAUGGCCUUCUACUGGAAAGGGAACGCUCUCUUCACGAGAAAACUACAGGUCCCUGAGGGCCAACACAGCUCAGAUACAGCCUUCGUUCUAGACUAUCGAAAUACGACGACAACUUUACCAAAUCUGCUGUCUGUCAGUCAGUUCCUAGCUACAAGUUUAACAUUCGUAGCCCUCCAGAAUAUUGAAUUCUGGAUCGAUGACUACAAAAUCCUCCAUCUGCAAAAGAAAACUAGUCCCAGCGUCGACAUUGCGCUGUCAAGAGAUGUCGAAACCACUACCAAAGAACGCCUCAUGAAGGUCCAGAGCGUUGAACGUGCGAGCGCACAGAUAGACGCAUCAUUCAUGAGCGCCAUCGGGUGGAAACCCCAAGUGGCAGCAACGGCCAAGAGCGAGGCUUACGGGUUAGGUAGCUCGGAGAUACCGUCUUUACGAAGCUUCUUUUCUAAGCUCACCGCCAACCCUACCACAGCGAAGGCUAACAAAGUGGCAAAAGAAGAGAAACUUGCCCAAGAGGCCAUAUCCGAGGACAUAACUAUAUUAUCGUCAAGCAGCAUAUUUCUUAGGGUGACGACUGCUGCGAUUAAGACGUCCGUCACUGCUAAUUUCUCAGCAGAGCUGGAGAGGGCCACCAAAAAGCCUCCGCCAAAGCUAGCUAAGUUGUCAGUAUUGACUUCCUCGUAUGAUGAAACGCAAGCCUCGCAGAGUUCUGCGAGCUCUGAAGCUGUUUCUAAGGCCACCAACGUAUUUGCCUCCGUACUACCGAGCAAGAAAGGCGGACGAAUAUUCAUUGGGUUCCCAACUACCCAGACGACCGGUGCUGGCAUUCAUAUCUCAGCGCCCUCUGUCAUACCUACUGUAGAACGGGAGGCUAUUGAUUUAAAUGCAAGAUGGGUCAGAACAUGGAAUAUUGAAAUGCUGCGAGCUGCUGGUAUCAUGACCCGCCUUGCUUUUUCGAAUGAGAUGGCCGAGUUGCAGACCAAAUUGCAGCGGGCUGCGGAGAAAUCGAACACCGGCAUCACAUCGAAAGAGGUCGCCAAAUAUAUGCCAGAAGCAUUACAUACACUAAAGGCUUUCACAUUCGGAGAUUCUACGCCCAGUGGUCACGUUUCGCAGAUAAUUGAGGAAGCAUUCUGGACAUCAUACAAAAAGCCCUUCGUAGAAGUCUACAGUAGCCGAGGCGUUCUUCCUACUAACAAGGUUCGACUUGGUUCAGAAGAGCUUGCUAAAUUUGUCGAUGGGAUCCCGGUAAUCCCUCCCGAACUUGGAUCCACUGGCUUCAUUCAGAAAUUGGUCGAAUUCGAUUUACUUUCUGCCAUAACUGUAGACGAUGUCCGGAUAGAAUUAUCUGGAAACCCUCUUAAUAAGACUCAGCUCAUCAGCUUCAUAGAUUGGGCCAGUAAGAAGGCUGCUCAAGGCGAGCUUGACUUACCGAGUAGAGACAGACUUCUUGAUGUCGCAGUUGGCCUCGUCACUGAGGGGGCUGACGAGCAAGGCGGUAUUAUCGCCCUAGGAAACAUCAAGAAUUAUAUUAGCCCAAAUAAGAUACCAGCUGGUUUGCCAAUCCCGCCGACCACUCUGCCCUACGAUUUCACUAAGCACUGCAAUUCGACUCAGCUGCAAGCUUUAGGGUGGGAAUCCCUUGAGAUUGUUCCUUGGCUUCGGUUCCUAAUUGAAACCUGUUCGAGGAGACCAGAUGAACAGAACUUAACCAAGUCCCCUAAGUUUUCGAUACAAAUCCUCACAGUAUUGUCAAAAAGCUGGGACAAUCUUAGCCAGGGCUCCAAGGGAACUAUUACGUCGUUACUCCAGAGUCAUACUGUUAUGCCCACCAAGUUAGGUAUGAGGAAGCCAGCAGAGUCGUUCUUCCAGAGUGUGAAACUAUUCGAUGAUCUUCCAACUAUUGAGGGAUGCUCCUCACUCAAGGAUAAAUUUCUCACCGCUAUCGGAGUCAGAAAAACCGUUGAUCUGGAUACGAUCUUCACACGGUUGCUCAAUCGUUCAGCAGAGGUUGAGGAUUCUGGACAAGUAAAAUGGAGUCACGUCGAACUUAUCAAAUAUUUGGCAUCAGUACGGCAAGAUAUUCCAAAGGAUGAUAUGAAAAAACUCAAGGAGUCACGUAUUUGUCCGGCAGAAGAUGGACCCUAUGGUCUAGAGUCAACCAAAGCAAGUUCACAACUGUAUAAAGUCUCUGAUCUCUAUGAACCUAAAGGCCCGCUUCGAUCGCUUGGACUCAGGCUCAUUCAAUGGCCGGGUGGCAACCUACGGCCUGGCAGCGCUGAAGGGAAGUUUUUAAUUGACCUUGGCCUCCGUCCAUAUCCUCCAGCUUCUAUAAUUGUCGUCCUGAUGGCUUCGUCCAAUUCGACACUAAGGGCUAAUGCUAUGAACUAUUUUAUCUCUUACCACCAUAGCAAUCAGUACGCAUCUUCCAAUAUUGGGGCAUCGACCAAAGCCUUCCUCCCCUUGCAGGGAGAUUCUCAGCAGCUCGCGAGUCCGUCUCAAUGUUUUACAAAUGAGGCUGCUGCCAUGUUAGGUUUUCACAUCUUACGUAGUGAUCUCCAUGCUCAUGCCCCUAAAUUCGGCGUGGUUGCGGACCCCCCUAUUUAUGAAUGCAUUGAGCGGUUAUUGGCCAAACCUCCCUCAACCCACCAGGAUGCUGUCUCACUUUUUGGCUAUUUUGCUACUCGCAUAAAUGAGCUUAAUGGUAGCGCGAUUGUAAAGCUUCGGGAAGCUCUUAUCGUACCUGUAGUGCGUAGAAAAGAGUUAGCAACCUCCCGGAUGGCGACAGACAAAGAAGAUAAAGCAGGCAGUGUUGUCCACCUAAGUCCCCGUCAAUGCUAUCUAGGUAGCUCAACGAUGUACGGAGAUAUUUUUGACUUUGUUGACUUUGGCAGCUCUGCAAAUGCAUUUCUAUCAGCGUGUGGUUCGAAGACCGAACCAACCAAGCUAGAAAUUGCCCAGCUAGCAGCAGAUGAACCUGCUAGACUGCUUAGUGUUCUCCAAAGCUCAGAAAAAUACCUGAGCGUUUUGAAACUCUUAGCUGAAGAGACAGCAACUCUUAAAAGAGACAAGGAGCUAUGGAGGAAGAUGAAAUCUUCUCCAUUUCUCCUUGCAUUUAAAGAGAUCAGCGCACCUGCUAAAGACAAAACAUCGGAAACUGAGGAAGACGAGGCACCAAUCAGAUCAUAUCAACUUGCGACUCCGGCUAGCAUUGUUAUCUUAGACGAUUACAUUAGCUACCGCCUGUUUAAAGAUCACUUGAUCUGUGCGCCAGAGGAAGACGUCUUGGAAGCCUUCUACAUGGCUCUCGGCUCCCAAACUCUCUCCGCUAUUGUCCAGGAGGAUCUUAGAGUUGGGCCGCAGAGUGAGAAACAGGACGGCGCGCUUUGGCUUCGGAAACACGUUCUUGAACGUUCAAAGAUCUUCAUCCAUGAGUAUGCUAGAUACAGACGGGAUACGAUCAAGCACGAUGCGAGGUGGCUUGAGAAGAAUAUAACUGUAGAAGCUGUGCGGUCUGUCUCGCUUCGCCGAUCACUUCGUGGCCAAAGUCAGUCGCACACCGAAAAGAGGUCAGCAGCGAGUUUGAAAGCUGCCAACGGCUGGAUCCUUUAUGUUGCAUCCGAAUCUUCUCGUCCCGAUAUGUACCAAGUAGGACAAGCAGUAUGUCAACUUAUUCUAAAUCGGCCAAGUCAGCAAGCGUACUUUUUCUUCGAGCCGUUCUUGAAGCUUGAUUUACUUGACCUGAGAGCCCGCGGAUACAAUGUUGACCGCAUCCUCAGAGCCAAGGCUGCUGAGGCUAGAAUUGCAGAGGAAGAAAGGCGCAAGGCCUUAGAUGCUGAGCAGGCGAAUAUUAGGGAACGAGAAGAAGAAUUUAGAAGACACACUCAAGCUGCUGCUGCUGCAAGGAGCGGGAAUAGGACGCCGCCGCCACGCAUGCCUGGCGGGUUUGGAUCUCCCGAUGACAGCGAAACACUCUCACCACCACCGGCCAAUACGCCACAACAACAGACUAGGAGAAGUAAGGGCUUCUUCUCGAAUUUUUCUAAACGAUUCGGGUUUGAUACCUCUAGCGAGGCAGAGGAUAAUCUUAGGAACUUUAUGGAGUCAGACCCAGAGCCAGCUAAGUUACCGCCAGCUAAAUUACCGCCAGUUGAGCCCUCAACAGGGUCAGGGUCCAAAUCUGGCAAGAAGGACGAUGGCAAGGUCACAAAUCCCGCCAUAGUCCAACAGAACCUUAUCAAUGCCAUCAUGUCUACAAGAGCCCACGACUCUUCCCAAGUUUAUUCACCGCCAACGACUCGAGAAGUCAAGGAACAAGCUACUUAUUGCGAUGACACUAUAGGAAAGGAUCUCAAUUUUGUAGCGGAUGCAUCAAACGGAAUGCGCGUAUUCGUAUCAAGGACGAUACCAAAUCUUAACACUGCCCAGUUCCUUACGAAGAAUCACGUGUCCAUCAACUCCUUUGCGUCAAUACUGACCGACGUGGGUGAUGCUUAUUCCAUCCACCGCUCCUCGCUACACAUUUUCUACGAUGAGGAGGGAGGUACGAUUGCUUUCAAUCGCGAUGGUAGCAUCUUCUGCAAUCUGCGCUUCUUUAUUCAGCUGCACGCCGAGAAUAUGUCAGGGCAAGGCAAAGCUGCCGCCUCCGUCUGGUGGUGGGUUGUACUAGCCCACGAGUUGGCUCACAACCUCGUUCAGAUGCAUAACGCAGACCACAGUUAUUACACCGAGUCGUUUAUCCAGCAAUACUUCCCUUUAAUGAUGGUGAAGGUAACUCGACUACUAGGAAGUGAAUCAGCACCUCCGGCUAACGAUCAACCGCUCCCUACUCUUCCCGGACCCUCUACAGCGCCGCCACCACCAUACCGAGAACACUAAGCAACAGAACUAGUAGACACAGGAUAGACGUUGUUUCCACAUGAUCAGAGGAUAUUAUGGCCUCUCCCCGCAAGACAGAAUUAUCACAUCGGACCAAGACAUAGCACAACAUAACACAAGUUAUAUAGCAUAACAAACAGUUCUGUCUGGCAUUUCAAGGCGUUAGGGAACCAGCAGUCUCGCAAUAUAGACGGGGACGAGUAUCACGCCGAGGUGAGGCGUUUGCAUUCGCAGAGGAUUCGCUGUAUAGUAGAUGAACCGGCACUUAUGGCUGCUUGCUAUAGAGAUCGCCGCUGUGCGGAAUAGAUGCGUGUGCGUUAUGAAUAUUCGGAAUGUGUUGGCUUGGUGAUUGUAAUUUGCGAAAUAUUGAUACUGUAUUCUAUUGCUGUCUGGCUUACCUAGUAGUUUAUUAAUCUGAAAUCUCGC